AUGUAUGAGAUUGACAUUGGCUUUGAUGGUGGUAACGCUGGUGACAGUUUUGAUUCCAAACGUUUCUCGGCGUUUGACAGCGACAACGACGACGACUCCAAGAAUUGUGCCAAAACAUUGGGUGCCGGUUGGUGGUUUUCUCAAUGUAAUGGAAUAACGAGUAAUCUGAAUGGUGUAUACUAUAACACAUCUAGGAGGUUCAGUGGCAAAGGGUACAAUGGUAUAUACUGGUCAACAUGGAUGGAAGAAAACCUUAAAGCAACCAAAAUGAAGAUAAGACAACUUAAUUGA